AUGCCAAAGGACAAGCACGCACCGGUUGCAAUCAUUGGCGCAGGGCCCUGGGGUCUUUCUACAGCAUAUCAUCUCGUACAGCAAGGCUACGAUGAUAUCACCGUAUUCGAGCGAUCAUGGAAAAUCCCAUCUCCGUACUCGGCCGGAAACGAUCUGAAUAAGAUCGUCCGAUCGCAAUAUGACACGGACUUCUAUACAGAACUAGGACUGGAAGCAAUUGAAGGCUGGAAAACACCCGACUUUUCCCCCUACUACCACCAGACCGGCCACCUGGUGACGGUCUCUGGACAAGCAUCCUUGAAAGCCACUCAGCACCAUGAGGAAGCGUUUGAGUACGUGACCAAGCACCCGGUUUUGAGCCGUGGAGUUCAACCGAUAAACACACGGGCACAGUUUCAAGAGUAUGCCUGGCAGCUCUCGGGCCCGCUGAAAGGCUUCAAGGGCUACUUCAACAGGCUUGAAGGGUAUGCCCAUUCUGCCAAUGCUCUAAGAGGUAUCUACACUUUGUUGGCAGGCCGUGGGGUCAAGUUUCUGCUCGGCCCGGAGAUCGGACAUGUUGUAGAACUCAUCUACGAUUCUCCACUUGUUUCUUCCUCGUCACGCUCUUCGCGAUGCACUGGCGUUCGUACAAGAGACGGAAAAGCCCAUGCAGUGCAAACGACCAUCUGCGCUUUAGGAGCAUAUGGUGCGUCCCUCAUCCCCUUGCUCGGCAGUUUCAAUGUUGCCCGCUGCUGGUCGGUCGCACAUAUCCAACUGACCCAGCGCGAAUGCGAUAUCCUUCGCGGCCUCCCCGUGGUCAAUGUACGAGACCUAGGUUUUUACUUUGAGCCUGAUCCAGAGACUCGACUCUUGAAACUCUGCCCUUUAGGAGCUGGCUUCAGCAAUCCAGAUACCAAGACCGGUAUUUCCCUUCCACCAGCAACCGACACACCUCUCCUACACGAUUACAUUCCGCUUGAAGACGAGCAAAAGCUACGUACUCUGCUUUGCGAGACGCUCACCUGGCUGGCAGACCGGCCGUUCAUCAAUAACAAACUGUGCUGGUUUAGCGAUACGUGUGACUCAGAAUACUGCAUUGACUUUGUUCCUGGCACGGGCGGGUCUCUGGUGGUUCUCUCUGGAGAUUCAGGCCAUGGGUUCAAAAUGAUGCCGAUCUUUGGUAAGUGGGUGGUCGAGCUGUUGGACAGAGGUGAGCAGCAAAUACCUAGAUGGCGGUGGAGAGACACAGCGACUGAAGGGAGCAAGGAUAAUGAUUGGGGUAAUGAUGUUAGUUGGCGGUUUGGAGAGGCCAAGACCAUCAAUGAGAUUGUUGAAGAACGGAAGAAUCAGAAUUGUGGUGCCAAAGCUAGUUCGAGGUCACGGUUAUAA